AUGUCUUCCUCACCAACACCUUCAGAGCGAGAGCGAAAAGACAAGGAAGACCGCCAGCGUGAAAAGGAAGAGCAAGCAAAGCUUCCCUACAAAUGGCGGCAGCAAAUCAGCGACUUAGACAUUGAUAUACCAGUUGCCUCAAACUUGAAAGGGAAAGACUUCAUAGUAGAGAUUACGAAGUCGAAGUUGAAGGUUCAAGUGAAGGGGCAGGAACCCAUCAUCGAUGGCCCCCUUUCCCACGAGAUCAAACCCUCCGAAUCGACCUGGACGUUGGAAACAGGUCCCUCUGGGAAAGAACUUUCUCUCCAUCUCGACAAAUCCAAUAAGCAGCAAUGGUGGGCUUCCGUCACAACGAACGCGCCCUACUUCCUCGACACCUCCAAGAUCCAGCCCGAGAACAGCAAAUUGAGCGAUCUGGACGGGGAGACGAGGGGUAUGGUAGAGAAAAUGAUGUAUGAUCAGCGGCAGAAGGAGGUGGGAAAACCGACGAGCGAUGAGCAGAAGAAAUUUGAUAUGUUGGAGAAAUUCAAAGCACAGCAUCCGGAGAUGGAUUUUAGUAAUGCGAAGAUGAGCUGA